CUACCUCAGGGAAUACAGUGACAGUUGCAAAGGCAUCUAGUAUUGUCCUUCUGCCACUGUCUUAAAAGGGAUUCUAAAGGGAUUUUCUUUCCCUUGUUCCUCCAGCACUACACUUGCAUUACUGGCCUAAGUGGAUACUCACCAGCUGGCCGUGUCCAUCACUACAGCCAAGUCUGAGAAUUCCUGAUUAUACUUAGAGCCUGUGGAGCUGCUGACACAAACAGUCAUUAGCAGACGACCCUUUUGUAACCAACUAUGCUUUAAAAUGUAAACUGUGGGGGCAUUUUCCUUGCAUUGUCCAGAAGGAACUUUCUCCUGCGUGAGCCUGGAUUAAUCAUGAGAGAGCUCGUCAACAUUCCACUCGUACAUAUUCUUACUUUGGUUGCCUUCAGCGGGACUGAGAAACUUCCAAAAGCUCCUGUCAUCACUACUCCUCUGGAAACAGUGGAUGCCUUAGUUGAAGAAGUGGCUACUUUCAUGUGUGCAGUGGAAUCCUAUCCCCAGCCUGAAAUUUCCUGGACCAGAAAUAAAAUUCUCAUUAAGCUCUUUGACACCCGGUACAGCAUUCGCGAGAACGGCCAGCUCCUCACCAUCCUGAGCGUGGAAGACAGCGAUGAUGGCAUCUACUGCUGCACAGCCAACAACGGCGUGGGGGGCGCCGCGGAGAGCUGCGGGGCUCUGCAAGUGAAGAUGAAGCCGAAAAUAACUCGUCCUCCCAUAAAUGUAAAAAUAAUAGAAGGAUUAAAGGCAGUUCUUCCAUGUACUACAAUGGGCAAUCCCAAACCAUCAGUGUCCUGGAUUAAGGGGGACAGUGCUCUCAGGGAAAAUUCCCGCAUUGCAGUUCUUGAAUCUGGGAGUUUAAGGAUUCACAAUGUGCAAAAGGAAGAUGCAGGACAUUAUCGAUGUGUGGCAAAAAACAGCCUCGGGACGGCAUAUUCCAAAUUGGUGAAGCUGGAAGUUGAGGAAGAAAGUGAACCUGAACAAGACACUAAAGUUUUUGCCAGAAUCCUGCGGGCUCCUGAAUCCCACAAUGUCACAUUUGGCUCCUUUGUGACCCUGCGCUGUACAGCAACAGGCAUUCCUGUCCCCACCAUCACCUGGAUUGAAAACGGAAAUGCUGUUUCUUCUGGGUCCAUUCAAGAAAGUGUAAAAGACCGAGUGAUUGACUCAAGACUGCAGCUGUUUAUCACUAAGCCAGGACUCUUCACAUGCAUAGCUACCAAUAAGCAUGGAGAGAAAUUUAGCACUGCAAAGGCUGCAGCCACCAUCAGCAUAGCAGAAUGGAGUAAACUUCAGAAAGAUAACAAAGGCUACUGCGCCCAUUACAAAGGGGAGGUAUGUGAUGCUGUCCUGGCCAAAGACGCUCUGGUUUUCUUCAACAACUCCUACGCAGACCCUGAGGAGGCCCAAGAACUGCUGGUUCACACCGCCUGGAGUGAACUGAGAGCCGUGAGCCCGUUUUGCCGGCCGGCUGCUGAGGCUUUGCUGUGCAACCACAUCUUCCAAGGCUGCAACCCCACAGCAGUGCCGACUCCUCUACCCGUUUGCAGAGAAUACUGCCUGGCAGUAAAGGAGCUCUUCUGUGCAAAAGAAUGGCAGGCAAUGGAAGAAAAGACUCACAGAGGACUCUACAGAUCUGGGAUGCACCCGCUCUCCAUGCCAGAUUGCUACAAGCUGCCCAGCAUGCACUGGGACCCCACGGCCUGCGCCAGACUGCCAUAUUUAGCAUUCCCACCCAUGACGUCCUCAAAGCCGAGCGUGGACAUUCCAGACCUGCCUUCCUCUUCCUCUUCCUCAUUCUCUGUCUCACCUACAUACUCCAUGACUGUAAUAAUCUCCAUCAUGUCCAGCUUUGCCAUAUUUGUGUUUCUUACUGUGACUACUUUUUAUUGUUGCCGACGACGAAAACAAUGGAAAAACAAGAAAAGAGAAUCAGCAGCAGUAACCCUCACUACUCUUCCUUCUGAGCUUCUGCUAGACAGACUUCAUCCCAACCCCAUGUACCAGAGGAUGCCCCUCCUUCUGAAUCCCAAAUUGCUCAGCCUGGAAUACCCAAGGAAUAACAUUGAAUACGUGAGAGAUAUUGGAGAGGGAGCAUUUGGAAGGGUAUUUCAAGCAAGGGCUCCGGGCUUACUUCCCUAUGAACCUUUCACAAUGGUGGCAGUGAAGAUGCUCAAAGAAGAAGCCUCAGCAGACAUGCAAGCAGACUUUCAGAGGGAGGCAGCCCUCAUGGCAGAAUUUGAUAACCCGAACAUUGUGAAACUCUUAGGUGUGUGUGCGGUCGGGAAACCCAUGUGCCUGCUCUUCGAAUACAUGGCCUACGGUGACCUCAAUGAGUUCCUCCGCAGCAUGUCCCCGCACAGCCGGUGCAGCCUCAGCCACCGCGACCUGUCCGGGGGGGCCCAGGCGUCCAGCCCUGCCCCACCGCCCCUCUCCUGUGCCGAGCAGCUCUGCAUCGCCAGGCAGGUGGCCGCUGGCAUGGCUUACCUCUCCGAGCGCAAGUUUGUGCACCGGGACCUGGCCACCCGGAACUGCCUGGUGGGCGAGAACAUGGUGGUGAAAAUCGCCGACUUCGGCCUGUCCAGGAACAUCUACUCGGCGGACUACUACAAAGCCAAUGAAAAUGACGCCAUCCCCAUCCGCUGGAUGCCCCCCGAGUCCAUCUUCUACAACCGUUACACCACUGAGUCGGACGUGUGGGCCUACGGCGUGGUGCUGUGGGAGAUCUUCUCGUACGGCCUGCAGCCCUACUAUGGCAUGGCCCACGAGGAGGUCAUCUACUACGUGCGCGACGGCCACAUCCUCGCCUGCCCCGAGGACUGCCCCCUGGAGCUGUACAACCUGAUGCGCCUGUGCUGGAGCAAGCUGCCCGCCGACAGGCCCAGCUUCCCCAGCAUUCACCGCAUCCUGCAGCGAAUGUGCGAGAGGGCGGAGGGGGCGGUGAGCAUUUGAGAGCGGACGGCUGCCCAGGGCAACGCCGCCUUGCCCGCUAUGACACUGUGGGAGC